AUGGCUGGUUUGGAAACUGCCUUUCCCGGGGAAGGUGCUGACGUGGGCCGCCGCGCGCUCCGCUUGGAAAGCGGUGGCCCCAGCGAGGCCCGGGGCGCGGCCACACCCCCGGGCGGGAGGGGAGCUCGUGGCCCCCACCCAGAUUUCACGCUGGAGAUCCUGAAGACCCUCGAGAAAAGCCACGUGGGGGGCUGGUUCCCCUGGGGCUUCCUCCCCGCCCCCGACCGCCUGAUCCUCUGGAGCGUGCCCGACGUCUGCAAAGAUGUGGACCUGGACGUGCUCGUGGACGCCCUGAAGCCCGUGGGGACCUUUAAGAAGAUCGGCAAGGUGUUCCGCCGGGAGGAGGACUCCACGGUGGGGCUGCUGCAGAUCGGCGAGGACGUGGACCACCUGCUCAUCCCGCGCGAGGUCCGGCUGGCGGGGGGCGUCUGGAGGGUCAUCUCCAAGCCCGCCACCAAGGAGGCGGAAUUCCGGGAGCGGCUGGCCCGGUUCCUGGAGGAAGAGGGCCGCACCCUGGAGGACGUGGCCCGCAUCAUUGAGAAGAGCACCCCGCAUCCGCCCCAGCCCCCCCCAAAGCCCAAGGGGCCCCGAGCGAGGAGGAGAGUCCCGCAGAUGGCGACCCCGCCUCCCCGGCUGGUCGUGGGCACCUACGACAGCAGCAACGCCAGCGACAGCGAGUUCAGCGACUUCGAAGCCUCGCGAAAGCCGGGCGACCGAGGCCGCAGGGGCCCCGCGCGCGCCGGGAAGGCGCGCAAGAUGCCGGUCAGUUACCUGGGCAGCAAGUUCCUGGGGAGCGACCUGGACAGCGAGGAUGACGAGGAGCUGGUGGAGGCCUUCCUCCGGCGCGGGGAGAAGCAGCCGGGCGCCCAGCCCGCCCGCCGCUGCGGGCACCUGCCGGUGCCCAUGUUUGAGGACGGCCCGGGGCCGCAGCCGCCCAAGGGGGACAGGUGGCGGGAGUACGUCAGCCAGGUGUCCUGGGGGAAGCUGAGGCGCAGGGUGAAGGGCUGGGCGCCGAGGUCCGGCCCCGGAGUGGGUGAGGCCCAGCAGGCCUCUGUCAGGGUGGAGAGGGAUGAGGUGCCAUGUAGCGCCCCUCAGGGGGAUCACGUGGUGAGCGCAGGAGGUGGGCUGGUGCCCGAGGUUCCCCCAAGGCGAUGGAGGCCCAAGAUUAAGUGGGCCUCCUUUAGGCUGCUCAGGAGGGAGGAAGCAGCAUCCAUGGCUCAGGGGGCGGAGGCUGCAGCUGAUCAGAGGGUGGAGGCUGUGAGUAAUCAAAGAGUGGAGGCUGCAGCUGAUCAGAGGGUGGAGGCUGUGAGUAAUCAAAGAGUGGAGGCUGCAGCUGAUCAGAGGGCAGAGUCUGCAGCUGAUCAGAGGGCGGAGGCUGUGGGUAAUCAAAGAGUGGAGGCUGCAGCUGAUCAGAGGGCAGAGUCUGCAGCUGAUCAGAGGGUGGAGGCUGUGGGUAAUCAAAGAGUGGAGGCUGCAGCUGAUCAGAGGGUGGAGGCUGCAGCUGAUCAGAGGGCAGAGUCUGCAGCUGAUCAGAGGGUGGAGGCUGUGGGUAAUCAGAGAGCAGAGGCUGCAGCUGAUCAGGGGGCAGAGGCUGUGGGUGAUCAGAGGGCCGGGGCCCUAGUUGUCCAGGGAGCAGAGGCUGCAGCUGAUCAGGGGGCAGAGGCUGCGGGUGAUCAGAGGGCCGGGGCCCCAGUUGUCCAGGGAGCAGAGGCUGCAUCUGAUGGGGCCGAGGCCAGAGCUGGUCAGAGAGCAGAGGCUUCCGCUGAAGCUGCCGCCUUAGCUGCCCAGGGAGCCACAGGAGCGACCCCAGGAGCUAGGGCCCGGAAACAGGUCAAGACAGUGAGGUUCCAGACCCCUGGGCGCUUUUCGUGGUUUCGCAAGCGCCGGAGAGCCUUCUGGCACACUCCCCGGUUGCCAACCCUGCCCAAGAGAGUCCCCAGGGCAGGCGAGGCCGGGGGCCUCAGGGUGCUGAGGGCCGAGGCCAGAGCAGAAGCGGAGCCGGAAGAGCAAGAGGACCUGCUGUGAGGCGGGCACGGAAGCCAGAGAGCCCCUGCCACCGGCCACCUUACCGGCCACUCAGGGUGCCCCCUCCCCUGCACUUGGACAGAGAUGCUGUUUCUGCCUCCACCCGGGAAAAAGGAGGUGGGGCUGGAGGUGGAGCGAGGGCCGGCAGCACCUACCACCCCUUUUCUUUCCUUGUUAAAAUUUUAACUUUCAUGCAUUGAUUUUUUUUUUAAAAAAUACAGACUCUCUAGUAACCCAGGGAACGUAAGGAAAGAAACCGGUGCAAUGGGGUUGCAUUAACUUCCUCACAUGCAACCCUGGGUGCUCAGCGUGAAGCCAGGAGCCAGGCGGAGAGAAAUUCCCUCCUCUUCACUUUCCGUGCUCCCUCCCCCUGCACACCUCACGGUGCCGGCCUCCUGGAGCCUACAACAUGUAAAUAAA